AUGGUAAGUCAAAUGAUAAACUCAGCUGAUCAACUGCGAGCUCAAUGGUAUUGGAAAUCCAAUUCUGAUUCAUGGUCUACAAAUGAAAAAGAAGAAUGGACAAAAUAUUCUGACAUCGAAUCCGCGAUUAUUGAAGAAGCAUUUAAUGGAAAAAAUAAAACAAAACUAGCUGAUCUAGAUAAUUAUUUGAUCAAUUUAUACAAAUCUAUUCAAAUCAGUAAAUCGGAUCCUAAUAAACAGCGGCAAAUAAAGCGAGUUCUAAUUGGUAGAAACGAAACUCAAGGUUUAAGAGAACAACGAUUCUUUCAACCACCAGGAUUGAGUAAAACGUUCAAUAGCGACAUGGGCAAAGACGCUUAUAAUUUUCUUUCACAGUGGAAGAAAGACAAGAAACUUUCUGAUGCUGAAAUAGUGAAGCAGGCAGCGAACGGAAUAAUUAUUGAAGGAAAGCAACUCCAUAAACAUUGCCAAUCAAGAUGUUGGGACGGCUUUACCUCAACGACUAAAAACCACGAAAAAGCGCAAACAUUCGGUAACAUCUUAUUCAUCAUUGAUGCAGCGCGCAACAGAGGCAUCGAUAUUACAGAAUUAUCCCACUACGACGAAGAAGAAGUUCUACUACCACCGGGAACCUCAUUUACAAUCAGCAAACUCGAAAAAACUCAACAACACACCUACAUUUAUUUGCAGCUUUCGCAGUCUCCACCAGCUGCCUCACCAUUCAUUCAAUUGUUGGUGACCUCAUCAUCGUCAGAUGAGCACUGCUGUGACCCAAUGACAUGUAAUCUGGUACCAUCGAACAUCUGGGAGAUGGAUGAAUGGGCGCGUGAUUGGCAUUCUUCACUAGCUGCAUCAUCAUCGAUUCACUUGCUGGUGACCUCAGCAUCCUCAGAUGACAACUGCCGUGACCAAAGUGACUUGUCAACUCGUACUAGCGUACAUCUAGGACAUGGAUGA